ACGCAUCAAUGGUACCCCGCUUUGCCUUACACGUCUAAAAUCGUCAAAAAUGAAACGGGCGAUGGCGGAUGACACCGAGGAUGUUGAGUUGGACUUUACUGCUGAUGAGGAGGAGAGAGCGCGGAGAAACGCAGUGAUACGACACCCCCUAGCCUCCUUUUUCCACCUGUUCUUCCGCGUGGUUGCCAUUGUAGUCUAUCUGCUGUGUGACUGGAUCAGCAAGAACUUUGCAUCGUGUUUUGUCCUGAUCAUCACUCUGCUCUCUUUUGACUUUUGGUCUGUCAAGAAUGUGACUGGCAGGUUGCUGGUGGGGCUGCGCUGGUGGAAUCAGAUCGACGAGGAUGGAAAGAGUCUCUGGGUGUUUGAGGCUAAGAAAAACUCCCAGGGCCGCAGCAUUGGCACUGAAGCUGAGGCCAGGAUUUUCUGGCUGGGUCUGAUCGUCUGCCCUCUCAUCUGGACCUUCUUCUUCUUCACCUCCCUCUUCUCCCUAAAGAUCAAAUGGCUGGCGCUGGUGGUAGCCAGCAUCUCUCUUCAAGUGGCUAAUCUCUAUGGUUACCUACGCUGCAAGGCGGGGGGGCAGGAAGGCCAGCCUGCAGACACACACUCAUUCAUGGGCCAGCACUUCCUGCAGCGUCCAGACAUCAUCUUUGGAAUACUGUGAGGAAGACUUCCUGUACCUAAACAGCCCCUCGUCCGUGUGUGUGUGUGUGUGUGUGUGUGUGUGUGUGUGUGUGUGUGUGUGUGUGUGUGUGUGUGUGUGUGUGCAUAAGAGCAAGAGAGAAAGAGAGAGUGAGGGGCUGGGACAUCUCCAAAGUUUCAACAUACUGCAUCUACUUGAAUUGCUUUGUGCCUUGUGCAUGCCUUUGUUUGAUGCUGCUGACUGUACUCACAUGUUGCCCAUGGAUUGGUCGAGCUAUUAAUCCUCUGUUGU